AAGAAUUUGCAAAAGAAAUAAAGGAAAAACAAUAUAAGAGACAGAAAGAAAAUUGUUUUUUAAUAUUAUGUUACCUCAGUGUGAAAAGAAUGUGGGUAUAAACAGUUUACCGCCUUAUCGACUACAUGCUCUCAGCGUGGGUGGUAAAAUUUGAUCAGGAACAGAUAAAGUAAUAGUCAGAAUGGUGAAGAUAGGAGUAGAUUUAUAUGAAAUAUUCUUUGCUUCGAAUGAAUAAAAAAAUUCGAGCGUAAAAAAGGAGUAAACCGAAUCAAAAACAAAAAUGAGAUUAAUAAAUUUCGUUCACAUUUCUUUAAUUAUUGUUACUAUGUUUCUGAUAAUUUAUGGUAAAGAUUUUAAAAAGCCAUCAGUGUUAAUAACUAUAUUAGUACGCAACAAAGCGCACACAUUACCGUACUUUUUAACAUUCUUGGAGCAACUGAAUUAUCCGAAACAACGAAUACAUCUAUGGAUAUGCAGUGAUAACAAUAUCGAUAAAUCAAUAGAAAUAUUAUCAACCUGGCUAAAUCGUACAGCUAAAGAAUAUCAUGGCGUUGAAACAAGUUUUGAUGAAAAAUCAGUUGGGUUUGAAGAUGAAAAUGGAGUUGCCCAUUGGUCUAUGCAACGAUUUUUGCAUGUAAUAAAAUUACGCGAAGCAGCGCUCAAUGCGGGCAGAAAUAUUUGGGCCGAUUUCGUUUGGAUGUUAGAUGCAGAUGUUUUUAUAACAAAUCCAUAUACUUUAAAUGAACUGAUCUCAAGAAAUCAGACUGCAGUUGCUCCAUUACUAAAAUCUGAUGGCCUCUAUAGCAACUUUUGGGCUGGAAUGACUAAUGACUAUUAUUAUCUAAGAACAGAUAAAUAUGAACCAAUAUUGUACCGGGAGGAGAAAGGAUGUUUCAGUGUACCUAUGAUUCAUAGUGCUGUUCUCAUAGAUUUAAGAACCCAUCUUUCAGAUCAAUUAACAUAUAAUCCAAAAAAUUUAAAUGACUAUGAUGGUCCCAUUGAUGAUAUUAUAACUUUUGCUAUUGGUGCUAAGAAGUUUGGCAUACCAUUAUUUAUUUGCAAUGCCAAUGUUUAUGGGUAUAUUAUGGUUCCAUUGGAAGAAAAAGAAACAAUUGCAGAAGAUCUGCAACGACUGAUAAAUAUUAAAACAGAGAUAUUAUCAAAUAGUAAUUAUCUUCCACUGUCAACAUAUCUUGAACAUUUUGUUCAGUAUCCUGAGGAAGAUACAUUGCAGGUAGAUAACAUUUAUAUGAUAAAUCUUUUAAGAAGACCAGAGAGACGUGAAAGAAUGUAUAAAUUAUUUAAAGAACUUGGCAUUAAAGUGGAAACUAUUGAUGCUGUUGAUGGCAGGACGUUAAAUGAGUCUGUUUUAAAUACGCUAGGAGUUAAAAUGAUGCCGGAAUAUGCGGACCCUUAUCAUCACCGACCAAUGACUAUGGGGGAAAUUGGUUGUUUCUUAAGUCAUUACAUUAUCUGGAACGAGGUGAUCGAGAAUAAUUUAAAAAGUGUUAUAGUAUUAGAAGAUGACGUUCGAUUUGAACCGUUUUUUCGGCAAAAAGUAAAUUACAUAUUAACAGAACUAAAUAACUUUCAACUUGAAUGGGAUUUAAUUUACUUGGGAAGGAAAAGAUUGGUAGAAAAUGAGGAAUCUUGGAUCGAUGGAUCGAAAUAUUUGGUAAAUGCUGCAUACAGUUACUGGACAUUAGGUUAUAUUUUAUCGGCGAGAGGAGCAAAAAAACUCGUAGAAGCAACGCCGUUAAAAAAACUGGUACCCGUCGAUGAAUAUAUCCCCAUAUUGGCAGAUGUUCACCCGAGGAAUGACUGGAAAGCACAUUAUCCAAACCGUAAUUUAAUCAUCUUUUCUGCAAAUCCUUUAUUAAUUUAUCCUACCCAUUAUACUGGAGAACAGGGAUAUGUCAGUGAUACAGAAGACUCUACUAUUGUAUCUAACUCUCAGAAUAUAGACGAGCCAAAACAACGAGAAGACUUAUGAGUGCCAUAAUAAUUGAAAAUCUAUAGAAGAAAUAUAUCUAAAUAAUCUUCGUAGUAAUAAAACAUAAAAGCAUUUAAUUUCCAUGACAAACAUGACUGCCAUUUAUAUUUGUGCUAUAAAAGUAUAUAUUAAUUAUAUAAGAAAUUGUAUAAAUGUAAAAAAAAAACUAUUUUACAUAUUCUUUUUAUAAUUUGUUUAUAUGUGUACUGAUGUUAACAUUAGAUUGAAUAUACGUAUAAAUAUGUCGGAGAACGAAAGAUAAUGUUUAACAUAAUUAGCCCCAACCCUUUUUUUUUCUCUCUUUUUAAUUAUU